UCUUCUGGGUGGUCGUCUAGGCAACACGCCUGAUCUGAAACAUUAGAGAACGCCCUGCAAAUCGCCAGCAGCCAAUGAGAGAGUGCAGAGGUGACAUCAUGUCUAUUUUUAGAGACGGUGGCUGCAGAUAAGCUUUGCCUCCACGCUGGAAGAAUCAGUAUACACACAGAGCCAGAGUGGUGUACUGUGAGCAGGGGAGCUGUAGCAAGUUAUAGCACCUAGAGCUUCUCAUUCUGAGACCGUUUAAAACGGUGAACAAAAGUGAAAGAAGGACUUUGAAGAAUGUAUACAUCGUUCUGAAAAUAGCGCUGCAGCUGAAUAUUGUAUUUGUUUGCGCGGUAGGCUACAAGCAGGAGUGCAAGUUGUUACAUGUGUGUAGCGGCACGCUUCUAUUCCAGAAACUGGCUUCGGAGGUUAUAAGGAUUCCCCGACCUAGUAAGAAACUUUUCUCCGAGUUGUACAACUGAAAGGAGAGAGGGCAGAAACAUACUUCUCUGACAGUCAUGAGAAACCGGACUACGGAUACAACCCCAAAGCACUGAAACACAGCAUGACACUGAACUUGGCCGACCCAACCAGCACACUCAAACCUCACCUCCGGGCUAAAGCCAGCGACAUCCUCACCUCCCCUGACGUGCAGCUCCUCAAACUGGCCUCCCCAGAGUUGGAGCGGCUCAUCAUCCAGUCUAGCAACGGCCUGAUCACCACCACACCUACCCCCACGCAGUUCCUCUGCCCAAGGAACGUAACCGAUGAGCAAGAGGGCUUUGCCGAGGGAUUUGUUAGAGCACUGGCGGAGCUCCAUCAUCAACACGUCUUGCCCAAUGCACCCGGGGUCCCAGUCACAUCCGCUGGGCAGACAAGUAUCAACAACCAAACAAUACUCCCACCUGUUUCCGCCUUGACCGGGAGCAGUGUUUAUAACAACAACAUGGCCAUGCGCUCUGAGUCGCCUGUCUACGAAGACCUGAAUACGUUCACCCCGGCUAUCACCACCAACUCAGCCCUGGGUUACACCACCUCAGCCCCAGCUAUGAGCUUUCCCUCUGCCCCGCCACAGCUCCCAGUCUAUGGGCAGCAGUCUCACCCCCACCCCAGGCUCACUGCCCUGAAAGAGGAGCCCCAGACGGUGCCUGAGAUGCCUGGGGAGACCCCCCCUCUCUCCCCCAUCGAUAUGGAGAAUCAGGAGAGGAUCAAAGCCGAGAGGAAGCGCAUGAGGAACCGCGUCGCCGCCUCCAAGUGCAGGAAGCGGAAGCUGGAGCGCAUCUCCCGGCUGGAGGACAAGGUGAAGAACCUGAAGACUCAGAACUCCGACCUGGCUUCCACAGCAAACAUGCUGAGGGAACAGGUCGCCCAGCUCAAACAGAAGGUGAUGAACCAUGUCAACAGCGGCUGUCAACUCAUGCUUACGCAGCAGCUCCAGACCUUCUGAGGAGGAAAGGACACUUGGAGAAGAAUAGAGAGAAAGAUUUUGAACGAAAAGGACAAAUCGUUUAUAAUUAACUGUCUGGCUGUGUCUUCGUGGCAUUGUGACAGGGUGAACGGGACAGUAACAGCACGAGACUGGCGGGAGGGGACCGGGGCUGGUUGCCUCUUACUAGGUGCCUCGCAGGACACUGUUGCACGGAGGAGUUGGGGCUCGGGACAGAGCAGAGCGCGCGAUAAAAAUCGCUGGUGCACUAGAGAGAAAGAAACCGCAACAAAUAGGACAAAUGGAUGUUUUGGUUCGUGUUUUUAAUUGACUUGAAAUUUGUUGGCUUUGACUAAGCUGUGCUUUUACGCAUUGACCUUCUGUGUAAUUCAGUAUUAGAAGAAAGACAAAGUGCAGUAGAGAAUUUAAAACUGCCUGGAGCCAAAGGAGAGGGUGUGUACUCUAAACAGAUUACAAAAAGCUGCCCAAUUUCUGACUUACAAUGUACUUUUUAUUCUUAGUUAUAUUGAGUUAGAACAAACAUUUCAAGAGUUACUUGUUUGUUUUCCAAAUGUUUUUUAAUGGGGUUCAUUGUUAUUAUCUGUAUAUAAGAUCAACCUGGAGUACUUACAUUUACUAUUUGUAAAACAUAAAUAAAAAUACAGUAUCAGUUUGUUCAUUUUAUGAGCACUUCAGAAACAAAUAGAUAUUUAAGAAAUGUAAUAAACCAUCUGAACUGAA